AGGAGGAAGAAGGUCUCUUCAAAUCCUGUCCAAAGGAUCUGAAUCGCAUUGCCAGGCAGUGGCUACGUGCUCUUAACGGGACGGCACAAUGGAGUUUCUUUCCCAUAAUAAUCUAAAGAAGGAGCUUUUCUGCGCGCUUUGCGCAGCUCUCCUCCUCCUCACCAGAGUCACAUCUGCAGAGGAAGGCGACUAUGUGAAAAAUUCCCAAUGUCACAACUACGCGGGAGGACACGUCUAUCCUGGAGAGGCUUCCCGGGUGCCUGUGUCUGACCAUUCCCUGCACCUCAGCAAAGCCAAGAUUUCAAAGCCUGCACCACACUGGGAAGGAACAGCUGUCAUUAACGGUGAAUUCAAGGAGGCGAAGCUGUCGGACUACAGAGGAAAAUAUCUUGUCUUCUUCUUCUAUCCACUGGACUUCACAUUUGUCUGCCCCACUGAGAUCAUUGCAUUCAGCGAUCGUGUGCAUGAGUUCCGUGCCAUUAACACAGAGGUGGUCGCUUGCUCUGUCGACUCCCAGUUCACCCACCUGGCCUGGAUCAAUACGCCCAGGAAGCAGGGAGGACUUGGACCAAUGAAAAUCCCUCUGUUGUCUGACCUCACUCACCAGAUUUCAAAAGACUAUGGAGUCUACUUGGAGGACCAAGGACACACACUGAGGGGACUCUUCAUCAUCGACGACAAAGGCAUUCUGAGGCAGAUCACCAUGAACGAUCUUCCAGUAGGAAGAUCAGUGGAUGAGACUCUGCGGCUCGUGCAGGCCUUUCAGUACACUGACAAGCACGGAGAAGUGUGUCCAGCAGGAUGGAAGCCAGGCAGCGACACAAUUAUUCCUGACCCUUCAGGCAAGCUUAAGUAUUUUGAUAAACUGAACUGAUCUGCAUUUCUGUCGUCCCAGUCCAUAAAAUCCACCUCAUUCUGAAAGUUCAAAUAAAAUGUGUUUUCAUAAAA